CGGAGGAACUUUUUUGGUGGGGAAAAUUUGGGCGUGGCGGCAGGAGCGACUUUGAUAGGCCUUUUAAGUAAGGCAGCUUUUGUUGCCUUAGGCAUUAUUUUCAAAUGAGGCUGCUCUAGACGCCCUUACUCCAAGAAAUGUUUCAGGUACUAUUACCCCGUAUGGGGAAGAUUAACUGUCAGCCAGUCAACGCUGCCCCUCAUCAUCAUUACUUUUUGCAGCACUAUUCAAACAAUCGAUCAAUGCUUUUCAUAGACUUGACAUGGAUGGCUUAUCUUAUCGUUACCGCCCCAGCAAACAAUCGAUCAGUUGGCAGGCGCCUAUGUAAACUACCUCCUGAUACCCCUACAUACCUGGGUGGGUAUAACCCAUUUCCCCUCCCCAGAUCGUGUUUCUAUUUGAUGAUUUCCCCAAUGGUUGAUUCGCUGUGGGUUAGUCGCCAUCCAAAAAUAAACCGAUCUUCUGUUCAGCCGCAGCGCUUAAAAUUGUUGGUGGAGGUGAGGGGAAUAAUUUGGAUUGGAAGGGGGCAGUCCAAAUGUGGCCUAGCGCUUUACGGAACUUUGUCGGGCCGCCUCUUGUCAGGUGGUAUAGGCGCCGUCCCCGAUUAGGCAGGUGCGACCCUCAGCCACCCUAAGCCUUUCCUUCCAAUUCCU